AUGUCGAUCCCACAAACACAUACCUUCGAAGAUGAAUUUCCCCUGAUUUGCAGCUGCCCUGCAUUGGACGAAAUUCGACUAACUGGGGAGAUUAAAGACCUGACAAUAGAGGUAGUUUCGCCUGCUGUUUCUUCUAUCUACACGUACAUUUCUAUGCAUUAGGUAAAGAACGGCGAGGUUCUCCAUGCUCACCGAAUAAUACUAGCAGCUCGCAUUCCUUCCUUACGAGCCACGCUCAGUGGUCCCGCCGAGGAGGCCAAUUCGAUCCUCAGAUGGCCUACAGUGCCUCUCAGGUAAAACCCCCAUCCGUCGGUUCUUUAGCUUUGCCAACUUUUUAUGCACUUUCGAGUCUCGCAACUGCGCUCAUUAGUUAUGCGUACACCGGCAAAAUGGAGAUAACGCCAGCAAAUGUGAUGGGCAUGAUUGCGUUCGCAAAAAUGCUGAAGAUUUCUGCUGUCGAGAUUUGGGGAGCCAAUUUAUUAGCCGACAGGUAAGCAUUUCCCAGUUAUUCCUCCCUAACUGUCCGCUCUAAAGUGUCACUUUGGAAAAUCUGGCAACCACUUGGGAUUUCGCGAAGUCAUUAAAUAUUGGAUUUCUGAUGGAGGCUUGCAUCAAUCUAAUGGAGACGCAAUUUAUUCGUUUCAUCUCUGAUGACCUAUUUGUACGUUUGCCAGGCGAUACGGUGCUCUCACUGGUGCGAAGCGAAGACUUGUCAGUUGACUCUGAGGAACAAGUGUUUGAAGCGAUUUCCCGUUGGGUUUGUCCUUGUGGAGUGGUUGAUGAGGAGAGGCUGAGGAUAUACGCUCCGAAGAUGCUGAAAGAGGUCCAGUGGCAUCAGACCACUGCUCAGUUCCGUGAGCACUUGCUGGAUAAUCAUCAGAUAUACCAGACCAACAUUGAAUGUGCGUAAGUACAUGCCAUUUAAAUGCGUAAUAAUUCUGUUUAAGUCGUCUUAUGGCGGCGGUUGAGCAGUGGAUUGGCGCUGCCGCCACGCCCAAGAGGAUGUGCCCCUUCAAUCGGCAUAGCCGCAACGCGAGAACGCCUCAGGAGAUUUUCGUCUUCGGAAGAGAUAAAAAUCAAGACAGAUGGUCGGUUCUGCGUUUCAAUUCAGAGCUGCAGAAUGAAGACAGAGUUGCUGACAUGCAAUUUCGCCGUUACGCUACUUACAGUGUCGUGGGCGGUGAGUCGACUGACGUACUAUAACCUAAAACAGCUUGCUGUCCCGUACACGUUAGUGAGCGUUAGUCAUCAUCCUUGACCACACCCCCUGUACACGUUAGUGAGCGUUAGUCGCCGUUCUUGACCCCCCCUCCCCCCUAAUCUCAUCGCACGCAGACUGCUUCAUGUUUUCGCAAGCACCUGCCCUCCUCAGCAUAUUGUUAAACUUCAGAAGUCUAUGCCUUUAUGCACAAUCAUAGCACACGUUAGUCGCAAUGUAAUUGUCAUCACAUAGGGCAGAGAACUCUAAAAACGGUGAUGUCGAAAUCUCACGUGACGAAUUUGAUGCUCAGUAGUGUUCUUUGAAGGUUCGCAGAGUAUGCUCCAACACCAGAUGGUUUUGUUCAACUGCAUUUCUGAGUAGAGGAAAGAAUUGAAUAUCCUUAUAAGGCUUAUAGGAAUAAAUGUAGCCGAUUCAAAACGACUCAGUGAGGGCUUUUUAGUAGGGAUAUUCUCCAACUUGAUUUUCACUGUAGGACAGCCAUAUAAGUACUCGCUUUGUUAGCAAAUAAAUAAGGUUAUUUUGGUCGAUAUUGGAUCAUGCUCAAUGUCGGUUCUGCGUUUUGAUUCAGAGCUGCAGAAUGAAGACAGAGUUGCUGACAUGCAAUUUCGCCGUUACGCUACUUACAGCGUCGUGGGCGGUGAGUCUACUGACGUACACUUACCUAACCCAGCAUGCUGCCCAGUACACGUUAGUGAGCGUUAGUCGUCGUCCUUGACCCCACCCUCCCAAUUUCAUCGCACACAGACUGCUUCAUGUUUGCGCAAAUACCUACCCUCCUCAGCAUAUUUUUAAACUUGAGUAGCUUAUGCCCUAAUGCAAAAUCGUAGCACAGUUUUGUCGCAAUAUAAUUGCCAUUACAUAAAAUCUGAAAACGGUAAUGUCGAAAUCUCAUGGGACGAAUUUGAUGCUCAGUAGUGUUCAAUGAAAUUGCCGCUGAGUAUGCCGGAGCACCCGAAGGUUUUGUGUCACUGCAUUUCUGAGUAGAUAACACGAUUGAAAAUCCCUAUAAAUAUUAUAGGAAUGACUGCGGUCGAUUCAAUGAGGGGCUUUUUAGUGGGGAUAUUCUACAACAUGAUUUUCACUGUUGGACGUCCAUAUAAGUGCUCGUUUCUGUUAGCAAGUAAAUAAGGUUAUUUUGGUCGAUAUUGGACCAUGCUCAAUGUCGGAACAACACUAUGGCCAGAUUGUAGUGCGACAUGCAUUAUUGGGAAUGCGCACCCUCAUCAAAUGCCAACAUUGAGGGUAUGGUGACGGGUCUAGCUGGAGGCCCAUGGUGCGUCAAUUGGGAUCCAAUGCACCUCUCCCCAAUGUUUUCUGUAGUCGUAUAUGUUCCUAGUCAAUGUGCGUUGUGAGCCAUGCAUAUAUACAUUGCUACUCGAAUGGAUGCUGCGCGGUCCUACAAAAUCUCAAGCAUAGGAACUUCUUAAAACCAAAACAUUCUUUUGCUUCGAAUUCGACAUUGCAUAAAACUGUGAUUUGCUACCAAAUGAGAUGAAAAUGAGAUGAAAAAAUGAGAUGAAAAUGAAAAUGAGAUGAAAAAAAGAAUGUUUUGGUACAUUUUUUUGCGCAAAAUACAUUCGAAUUUAUAAGGGCAUCGAAAAUCUAUGGAGAAAGUGCACGCUAAACAAGUUGGAAUUUUUUACCAAGUCCGAUUCCUGCAGGCGGCCGCAAUGAAGUGCAUUCAAAAGCCAACACCCUGGUUUAUUGGAAAUAUUACGGCAUUAGUUCAGUCUAACUACCGCACCUAAGUAAUCUCCCUAAUCGAAAAGGUAUUUCAGAGAUUUAGUUAACACCUCAUGAGAUCAGUCAAUGAACGCAGGCACGCAAUUUGGUAGGGGUUGUGUUCUCCUGCAUCUGGAGGAAAUGAAGUUCAUUUUGGGACGAGAUUUGCAGGAAAGACAAUCAUAUUCUUAAAAAAUCUAACGGUUAUUGACAAAAGUCAUAUCAUUAUGAACUGACUCCAGUAUACCCCUUUAGAAUCUCGACGAUGAACGGACAUUCCGAGCAGCCUAUUACGGUUCACUUCCUGCAUAUAAAAUGGGAAGCGUCAUACUGGGAAAUAAAAGAAUAGUGAUUCUGCUAUUAAAUAUUCUGCUACGACUAAAGGAGACCUCCUAUCCCUCUAGCACAGUCGGUCACUUGUGGCCACACCUGUUAUGUUGCUGAAUAAGUAGAUCUGAAAAAGUUUGCAGAUUGUCAGACUACGCAGUCAAGUAAAGAUCAGUCCAUCCUCACGAACUACGCCGGCUUGCUUUAACAGUUGAGACACAUUUUGCUGACUCCUGUCUACAGCUCAUCCACAUUUUGUGCAUUUUUCCCUUCCUGGAAGAGAGCAUUUUCGUAGUCGGAGGACAGACUUCGCAGCAGACCUACUCAACGAGUGUUGAUGAGUUCCUGGUGAGAGAACGGCAUUGGCGCAAACGGGCAUCCCUCGCCGUUGGACGCCAAGAUCAUGCGGCCUCCGUCGUGAAGGUUGGUGUUACAGACAAGGGAUGGGAAGAGAGCACGCUGAUUGCCAUUUUUGGUGGAUGCUGCAGCGAAGGAGGAACAUUUAAACGCCUUUCCUCCUGUGAGUUGUAUGACUUCAGUCAGGAUAGGUAAGAAUACCUGUGACGCACAUCUGUUGCUUUUCCGUAAAUGUUGCUGCCUCGCGCACUCAUCCGAACCACACACCGCCCUCGCAUGCCCCCAACAGGUGGUACAGGCUGCCCGAUCUACGGGAAAAGAGGAACGGUCCAGCUGCUGUGUGCUUACCCCACGACAAUCGGGUCUUCGUCAUUGGCGGUAAGAACGAUUCUGCCUGGACUGCUUCCGUGGAGUUCUGUCAGCUGCGAACAGACUGGCAAGGGAAGGCCACCUCAUCCAGCACCGACGAAUUUUGGCUCCCAGCUGCCCCCAUGAGAACUGCGCGCGCAUUUCUCUCAGCGACACACUUUAGAGGGAGAAUCCUCGCCGCCGGUGGAGAUGAUCGUAACAAGAAAGUCAAAGUUGUGGAGAUGUUUUCUCCUCCAGACCCCAGAUGUCCGCUAGGUCAGUGGACGGACAUCGCUGCGAUGAAGCAGCCUCGUUCAUUUUUCACUCUCGUCACCACCCGCGACACGGUCUUUGCUCUGGGUAAUGAUUCCUUCUUCUUUGCUCUGCAGUGGGGCAACAUAAAAUGCAUUAUCCUUCCGUCACGUGAUUUACUACAACUGGCAAAAUAUUUUACAGGGUUGAGCAGCAGUGCUCCGGGUAUUGUGAUUAUUGUUUAUCUUCUGACUUGACUCCAUUUCUCUGGACCUUUUAAGAUGGAAUCGCAUGGGAAUUAUUUCAAAUUUGUAGGCGGCGAUGGGGGAUCAGGAAACACGAUAGAGGCUCUUACUGCACCCGAAGGCUCAGUCGGUUUUAGCAAUGACUUGACAUCUUGGAUCUGGUCGACGAAGAGCCCAUUGGAAACCCUUGCGGAGAUUCGUGGAGCUGUAAGUGUUCGCAUGUGAACGCGUGCGUCUUUCAUGUUGACUCGGAGUCCCUUCUGUUGCUUGCAAGCUGAAAAUAUACGACUACUCAUUGAGCCCACUUCAUCUUCUCAAGAACUGUCGAAAUGCAUGUUGUCAUUUUAUUUUUGAAAACAUAGAAAUGGUCUACAAUGCCAACAUCGGGAAUAGCCGAUCAAAACGUCUUUCGCUUUGCCGCGAGUCAAAUAUUUUGGUGCCUUACUCUGGAUCAAGUGUGAUAAUCCCUGAGGGAGAUGCUCAAUCAUUAAUAUGAUGCAUAAAUGUAACAAAAUCAUAAAUUCUCAUAUUUGUACGUUGAUAUGAAGGGCAAGUAUACUACACCAGGGAGGGUGGAGAAUGAGUAUGUUACAGAAACCAUUGCUUUGUCAGAACUGGACAGUGGUUGGAGAGCACGAGUUUCGGCCAAUAUUGAAGAAAAUGUAUCUAGAACGGAAGACGUGGGAGCGAUUCGAGGUAGAGAAGAUUAUGGAUUUGGGAUGCCGGAUCGUGAAUCUCUAGGGGGAGGAAUGUUUUAAUACGGGGUAGAUGGUAAUUUAAUAGUAAUUAUAUCGGGGGCAUAACCUGGAGUCUAGCCUUCCAUCUUUCACAAAAAUUCAGGAUUAACUCAUUUUCAGGCUUUCAAAGUGCGAAUUCGAGUGUGACUUAAUCGAAUAAGAAGGGCGGUGGUUUUCAAGAACGGUAAAAUCACCAACAUUCAUGUUUCGGACGUGCCUACUCGAGACAGCAUCAGUCCAUUUACGAAAACCUGCGGUGAAUGUGGACGUUAGCAGCAUUAACGGGUGAGCGAUAACAUAGCAAAUGCAGUUGCUGCAUACUACUCCCAGUGGGCAUCCACAACUUUAUCCUGCUGCUGUCAUUCAUCGAUCAUGGAUCCGAACCUUCGAGCGAAUAUUGUUUAGUCAUGUGUCGUUUUAUUAUUAACUUGGAAUAGGUGUAUUUGUGUGCUCGAGGUUAACACAAAAAUGUGUCGCUCUUCAUGCGUAUGGAUGCCAAUCUCAUCGAAUGUUCCCACAGAGCACUUGCACUUCCAGAGUGCCGUAAUCCUAUGAGUGUAAUGGUACAGUAGGCCUCUCGGCGAUUGCAACCCUUUGAUUUUGUAGAAUUCUCAUGAAAUCCAUUUGCAAAUCCGGAGGAAAGAGGGCAAGAAGGAGGAAUAGACGACAUGCACGAUAAACGAAUUACUUCUGCAUCUAAAACAUUCACAUAUGAAGACCUGGAGCAGCUUCCCACGUUUAAAUCAUUCACCAAUGUGUUCUGACGGUCGUAAUAUAUAACUUUUUGACACCCCACUAAAUAGGAGUACACAUUAACAAAAAGAUGAUCCUUUCAGGGCGGGAAUGCGGAAUCUGGAGGUGAUAGCAUCUUUACAACAUCCACUUGCGCCAGACUGCCACAUCCACCGGCGACAAGGAUUGUUCCCAUGCGUUUGGUCCGCAUGACGGCAGCUGAUAUCCGGGAUGAACCAUGAACCACAGGACUGGAGUAGGAAACGCACGCAAGGACUGUAGAUGUGGCGUAAGCUGUGCCGAAGGUGAAUCAAGAACAUCAACGGAAGUGGAGGAGUACAACAGUCAAAAGGAAGUCUCCAUACUGAAGAUUGGCAGGGAGGGUACAAGCAUUGUGAACACCAGCUCCUCGAGAAGAAACAAAGCUAGAAAACUACGGUAAAUAAAGGUCCGGAACUGAGACAAAAUUAGCACAAGCCGUAUUUUUACAGGCCGGGGAGGCAAACAUGCCUACUGGAAGGAUUCUUCGAUGGGAAAUGCUGGGUGGAAUAAAGUAUUUGGGUUAUGAGAGACGAAUAAAAUGCUCAAUUGACCGAAAACUUUCAAAAAAACGAAAUUAAAAUAAAUAUGCAAAUUUCAAUUAUUUGCGGAAGAGGGGACUGUAACUCCAAAAUGCUCAAACCAGGGAUAUGGACUACCCAAUAUUCUCGUUACGCGCUUGGGGAUUUUCUAUAUCCGCAGCCGUCGGCCGGUUUCCCCAACGUAGUUACACAUUCCGCAGCUACACUGAAGUCGGUAGACAACAGCCGACAUCUCCUGUUUAGGGAUCGGGUCUUUUGGCCGCAUCACUUGCCGGCGGAUUGUUGAGUCGGGCCUGUGGGCAACGCCUAUUCCGAGCGGCGCCUUAUCUGGUUUUACGGACAUUCUUGACGGGCGACAGUCACGACGCAGGACAAUCGGGGCCGCCAAUUAUCACCGACGCCGGCGAGGAUUCAGGUCACGAUGACAUGCGCGUCGGAUGCAGCCACACAGGCGGCAUUGAUAGGCCAGGCAUUGGACAAAGUGCGCCAUAAAAGGAAAGCUCUGUGCACGACUGCUCAGUCUCUGAAGAUGGGUAGAAGAAACGACUACCCGAAACGUCGGACCUCAAACACACCUCUCCCGGUGAACGCCUCCUCUUCUUUUGACAGCUGCAUAAGUUUUACAUUAAAAGCCUAUGUAUGAUAAGUUAAAGAGCAAAUGCCGUGAUAGCUGGCUGAAAUCCCCCUAAACUUAUAUUCCGCGAAGGGGACUCUUUUUCGUAAACAUAACUCGUUUCCGUAGAAAUGCGCAGUCCACGCUAUCGGUCUUUCUAUCGAUGGUUAUAAUGCAGUGGUUACCGUCAAAUAGAAACAUCCGUAAUCUUUCUAAAACUAUUCUAAUUUAACUUAUCCAACAAUGAAAUUUAUUAAGACAACGGAGAUUUAUUGAUGACUGUCAUCCCAAAAUGCCCUAUUACACUGAAAUACUGAUAGAUCGUUGAAUAUCUCGACUUGUUGCAAUUGACACACGCAGAGGUUGUGCAAGUAUACGGGUAGAAGAUUACUAUUUCUCACAAACGAAACUCCGUCAAGAGUCUAAUAAUCGAGUUAAGACCGACAAUUGGAACAAAGGGGUAAUCUGAUGCGCUACACUAACAAAUCGCCGGCAACCCAAUUUGCCUGUCGAGUAUUUCUGCGUGUCUUCUCGAGCAGACUAAUGUUAGAUGAGGUGCUGGAGUUGGGUGGAGGGGGGGGGGUUACUAUGUGCACACUAAAAAUAUGCUCGCGUACUGUGAGUAAACAGAGCAUUGAUCCAGUGCCAGAAGGAUGACGCACCCCUCAGCUCGGUCUUCACUGCAGCCUCGCAACUGAGAACGGUAUUUGAGGAGAGAAUAGAGGCCUAUGGAGCUGCGAAUUAGGCCUUCGCUCGAUGUGGCAGUAGGCGAUUCAGGUGUUGGCUUGAGUGGAGGGCAUUUCACUACUCUACUUCACGUGUGAUCGAUAAGAGUUAGGUGCACACAUUGGUUGAGAAUAGCGAUGCAGUCUGCAACGCAUACAGCGACAGUCGAAUAUAGGUCUAGGAUAAGAUAGGUGAUGCAAAAACCAGAGCACCUAUGAAAAUAGUGUCAUAGUGUUCGUAACUUGAUGUACAGAUCCAAGUCCUCGUUUCAAUAUCCGCAUAACUGAACGGAAGUUGUUCAAGACUGCAUUAAAACUGAAUGGCUGUUGGUCGUCAGGUCAUUGCAUACGAAUAUAAUUAAUCUGAGCUCAAAGUGAAUAUGGAGAGUUCGUAGUGAGAUUUUGUAAGCCUGCCAGGCAAGAAAAUACCCCUUACCCAUUUGACCAUAAAGGCAGACGCCCACUUCCUCCUUUUAUGCACUUCUGCGUCUCAUGCUGUCGGCGAAUAAGGUUCUCUCCGCCAUCAGUCCUCCCAAGGGGCGGUUGAAAGUGCCUGAAAUUACUUGCAAACGCUGGACAAACAACAUCUGAUCGCCAGUUUACGGUACCUCAUUCACAUUCCGAAUAAAUGAUUGCCCAAGCGGAGUGAGGCAUGAGGACACCCGCAUGCACCAUGACGAAAGUCUACACGGGCACUAUUCAACGUGAUCUUCUCUAGGUGCAUGGUCCAUUGGAAAAUGAAAAAAAACGUAAAUUCUUGAGUUUUGGAUGAAAAAGUGGGUCAACAUCCACAGGUCAGGGGUGCAAGGAGACAAAAUUUUAUUUGCAUUAGUUCGUAAGUGAAGUGAUCCGGCUCUAAACGGGACGGAAGCUGAAUAUUGUGUGCCAUCAUGCAAAGCCAUUGAAGGCCGCAGACAAAGGCAACUAAGCUGAGGAAAUAUAACAGACUUAACAAAGUUGAUUGACGGUAUUUUUGUGCACAGAGCCGUGGCACAAGCGAAAACGGAAAUCCUAAUUCUAGAAAAAUUGCUUACUUGGACCGUGUGUUUACAACCCUUCAGAGCAGUGACAUUUGCCUAUAAUUUUACACCGAACUGAAGAAAUGUCUGAAUGCGGUGUCACAUGCGGUUUUUUUAGGCCUACUACUACUCCUGAUUCCAUCGAAAGGUCGCCAUGUUCGUCGAAGACAUAGAAAAGAUGGACUGACGUCGAGACUGUUGACGAGGCAGAGAAGUCGCAGUCGCACAUCAACAAAGGGAGUGCUGGGUGAAACUGGUGGCCUAUUAAAAUCUGUGCCCAAGUGUUUAGUUUUAUAUAAAAUCGAAUGGUUGCAGGUCGGAAGACCUGGACGCAAGCGCAGCGGCAAACCCGGUUCAAAAGGCCCUUUUUAAAUCGAAGAGGAAUACUUAAGUUAUUUGCGAAAUAAAUUCCAGGAUGAAUAACAUUUUGCGUGUUUUCUUUACAUUUAAGCAGGUAUUUUUACCCACGUGUUUUGUGCACCUAUCUGUUAUUUAGCGCAUUCAAAACACCACGUCCAGGCGUGACUGUAAUAUAUUGGGAUAAUGUUGCACGAUAAGCAUCACCACAUGCUUAAUGAAAUAGUAAUUUCUAAUCGAUAACACAUUUAUGAAUUUCGGCCAACAUUUCAUGAGAUACUGCGUGUUGACGUACACUUGUCUGGAAGGGCGCCCACAGAUCCGUUGCGGAAUCCGCUUGCCUCGUUCUCCUUUGGGGACUCAAUCCUAGAGCCCUGUCAACAGUCUCAUUGGGACUGGUAUUAUAUGCAGAAAUAGAUCGUCGGCAAAUGCAAACGAGACUGGAGUGCCCACCCCUAACUUAUUAGACCUAGUCAGCCAUUUAUAUCUAACCGCAGGACUGGCGACCCCUGAGGCCCGAAUCCGCAACCUGUUGGUUGGUAGUCACAAAAUCAUGAAACUGCGCAUGGUUGGCUGAUGACAUCUAAUAAGGAAGAAAUGGCCAUUCCAGCUCCUCUGUCCUUAUCUUCAAUUAAUUUCUGCACUUUUGUCUCCUGAAACCUCAUUGUCCUGUACAUUGAUAUUUCCACAUAACACCGACACUACUGCUAGUACUACUGCUACUAGUACUACUACUACUACUAAUACUACUACUACUACUACCACCACCACUUCGAUACCAUGCAAAGCCACUGAAGGCCACCACCACCAUGAGUCCAACGACUAUGUUUCCGACGCAUGAAGCUUUGAUCUCCUGUCAGCUGUUAACAACCUCAGCAGCAAUGCUCACCCUACUACGUGUAUGUUGUCUAUCGCAUAAAAACACUGAUUUUACUUCGGAAAGUGAGUCUGCGAUCAAGAGGGAUAACUUAAUAUGAAGUCAAAUAUUAAUAAUACUGCUCUUUUCCACGCUCGCCCUCCACCUCCUCAUUGGCAGAUAAUACAAGGCAAAGUAGACCUAACUCAUCCUAAAUCUCAUUCCCAUGAUGCUGUCUUUAAAACUGGUAUCCACAAAUGUACGGGAAUGGCAUGUAAUAAACGAAAUAAAUUUUAUAGUUCACAAGUAACCGUUUUAGUGGCAAAUAAUAUGAAAUAACAUAGCAGGAAUUUUGGGUUUAAACAAGUGCUGCAGCACUUAAGUGCUCUCCUCUCGCCCGCCAUGAUAAAUCUGACAAGCUUUAAAGAGGUACCACUACGUGCUAAAAGGCGUAGCUUGGAAGGCUGCCAGCUCACUGGAUAAACCAGUCCUCGUACUCAAUGCUGUGGACGCAUGUACGUGGGGUGACUGACGCGAGGUCUGGAUGUCCGUAAUUUUUCCUCUACGGUACACUCAGGAACGUAAAUUUUCAACCCCGCCUUCUGUGAAAGCCUGGUACACUGCGCAGAAACCAUGUCGUGUGCGGCAUGUGUGAAGGGGCUCUUUAGUUUUGCCAAGCACUGUACCCUAACCCAACUCAGACCAUCCUGGCACAGUUUUUGCCAUCAGAACCCGGUGAUUGAGUGAGUGAGGAGAGAGUGUGGUAGCUGCGCUGCAAGUCUGUCCCAACAUAAACUAAUUCACGCACAAGUCAGCAGUGCUGCGACCACUUCGUGGGACAUACGAUAGACAUCGUCCUCCACAACGACCGAAAUCUCAUAGUUUCGUGGGUGUAUUACGUCCUCUUAAUCCACUGGCUUGUCUGUCAACGUUGAGAAGUACGAUCCGGUAAUAAGACUGAUCUGCUCAAAUCUACCUACACAUGACAAUGAGUGAAUGAUCUCAUGAAAUGCUGUCUGAAAUUCUGAAAUGCGUUUGCGAUUUGGUAGGAUUACGUGGGUGAGGUUUUAAUACUGAUUAACAUGUCACGUAAUCAAGUAAUAAUUCGGACUCGACGGAAUGUCGGCUUUUGAGUGCACCUCUCCUACAAAACACAUAUCACAAAAAAAUGACUCCUUAUGUAGCAUGCAUUUUUCGAUGCGAUUUUCGAUGGUCUUAUAAAUUCAAAUAUAUUUUAUAGAAAACAUGCACAAAACAUGUUCUCUUCUACUCAUUUGAUCGUGAAUCACGUCGAUAUCACAUUUUAGGCUUGAAGACAGGGUUCAUUUAGGUUUAAAGAAGUACAAUCUGGUAAUUGGCCUGAUCUGGACUAAUCUACCUCUGCAUGUCAAACGAUGUCUCUUCUCGCUGUUCACUUGGGUAGGCAUAUGGUCGCCACCAAGUUACUUUAUUAGCACACAUCAAACCCAAACCGUGUGCCCAUACUUCACCCCACGGUUUCCUCGUUGACCGCGCGUACUUCAGAUUGUUACCGAUUCGAAAGACGCCACUAGCAACUUCUAGACCGCGUUGCCUUGUCUGAUAGAAGUACUGCGAUUACUUGGCAAAUGAAAGGCCUGCGUAUUCUCACAUAAUCAAUCGACUCCCUAACUCUGCCAACUGCCGCCCCAUCGAAUCCACCGUUCGCUGCAAUCCGCUGAUCAGAACCUGCAGACAAUUAGCGUGUGAAUGCGGGCGUAGAGUGUGGUGGUGCAAUAAAAGCUGGAGUUCGUGGCGCUCACGACAAAUUGUCGCAGUUGAUCUGGUCGCUACGACUGAAAUGUCAAUCCCACAAACACAUACCUUCGAAGAUGAAUUUCCUCUGAUUCGCAGCUGCCCUGCACUGGAUGAAAUUCGCCUAGAUGGAGAGAUUAAAGACCUGACAAUAGAGGUAGCUUCGCCUGCUGUUACUGCUCUCUACACGUAUAUUUCUAUACAUUAGGUAAAGAACGGCGAGGUUCUCCAUGCUCACCGAAUAAUACUAGCAGCUCGCAUUCCUUCCUUGCGAGCCACGCUCAGUGGUCCUCUCGGGGAGGCCAAUUCGGUACUCAGAUGGCCUACUGUGCCUCUCAGGUAA